AUGGAUUCAUAUAAUGAAACUAAGUACAAGGAAUUAAAAAAGAAGUAUGCAAUUCUCAUGAAAGUACUAAUCAUCUCCUAUCGGAAUAGCAAUAUCAAAUGAUAUAAUAAGAAUAUGAAAAAGUUAAUAGCGAAUUAGCAGAAUCUAUUUAGGAGAAAAGGAUACUCCAAAAUAGAAUUAAUGAAAUUUUGGGAAAGCAAAGUGAAGAAAAUUGA